AUGCCUUGUUGUUCGCGUAAAAAAACAGAUGGUAUAGAACCACAACCAAUUGACCGAAAUAAAGAAAAGAGUGCAAUAGACUCAAAUAAUUCUUCGAAUUCUGGAAUUGACUAUUCAAUUACAAUAAAAACAGGUAAUUAUGACAACUCAACUACAAAUGGACCUGUUUAUAUAAAAAUUUUUGGUCGCGACAAUAAACAAACUGAAGAUUUACUCUUAACGAAUUCUCCUAAUGAUAAAUCAUUUCAAUCAGAUUCAAUAAAAAAAUUUUCAGUUAAAGGUGCUGAUAUUGGUAAACCACACCGUAUUAUUAUUCGACAUGAAGAUAAUGAAAAUGAAUGGUUUAUUGAUUAUGUUGAAAUAUCAGUUCAUAAUUUUUUAAUCAGAUUCGUUGCUAAUCGAUGGUUAAGUGCAACAAAACACGAUCAAAAAUUAUCCGUUGAACUCUUUGGCUCUGAACAACCAGCUGCUCUAUAUAAUGUAGAAGUUCAGACGGGUAGUGAACAAAUUGAACCUCUGGAUUCACCAGUCUAUAUACAAAUACAUGGAACAACAACAAGAACACCAAAAAUUUUCUUAGAACCAAAAGAUGCUUCAUUUACGAAAGAUUCAACAGUUAACUUUGAUAUUUCAAGUAAUAAUGUUGGAGAGAUUCAAAAAAUUGUAAUUGGACAUGAAGGUACUGGUACAGUUAAUGAUUGGUAUUUAAAAAAUGUUAAAGUACAAACAAGUGCAGAACAACAAAAAUUUACUGUUAAUAAAUGGUUAAGUAAGACAAAAGGUGAUCAAAAAUUAUUUGUUGAAUUAAAUCGUAAUGCAAUAUCUCCACCUGAAAUCUAUUCGAUAACAAUUCGAACAGCAGAUGUUCAACGAAUUGAUACAAUAGAAAAUAUUGAAAUGAGUAUUCAUGGAUCAAAUGGACAUAUUGAUAAAAUCUUAUUAAAAGAUCACGUUAAAUCAAAUCAACAAAAAAUUUUUCAAAAAGGAAGUUUAGAUGAAUUUGAAAUAGAAGAUAAAGAUAUUGGAGAUAUUGAAAGUAUAACAAUUGGAUUUAAUGAUGAUGAACAAAUAUUUGCUUGGCUUUUAGAAUCUAUCGAUAUUAAAUAUAAAGAAACAGUUUAUCGUUUUCAAACACAAUGUUGGUUAUCAAGUCGUUUAGGAUCUAAUUUUAGUUGGAUAACAAUCAAACCUGAUACAAAUAAUGAUAAUAUUAAUUACAAAGUGAUUAUUGAAACGGGUGAUUCUAAAAUUGAUGCUAAUGUGAUAUUAUGUAUUUAUGGUGAUAAAGAUACAACGAAAAAUUUAGCUUUACGAACAACUAAAGAUGGUAGAUCAGCUAAAUUUGAUAAAGAUAGUCGUUUAGAAUUCGAUUUAAAAGAUAUUGAUGUUGGAAAAAUUCAAAAGAUUAAUAUUGGACAUGAUGGAAAAGGUGAUGAACAACAAUGGUUUCUAAAAUCAAUCGAAAUUGAAAAAAACGAUGAAUAUUAUCUAUUUAAAGCUUAUCGAUGGUUAAGUGAAGAACAAGAAAAUUUUAUUGAUCUGUUAUCAGAAGAAACACUUGAAGAAGAUCAAAUUUUAUAUAGAAUUAAAAUUAUUACAAGUUCAGAAGAUGAUUCAGGUACAGAUUCAAAUGUAUUUAUGAAAAUUUAUGGUGAAAAUGAUCAAACAAAACGAUUUCAAUUGAUUACAACUGAACAAGAUUCAAAAUUAUUAUUCAAAAAGGGUAAAACAGAUAAAUUUGAUAUUAAAUUAAACGAUGUUGGAAAUAUACAAAAAAUUAAUAUUGCACAAGAUGGAAAAGGUCUUCAUCCAGUUUGGCAUUUAAAAACCGUAGAAAUUCAAAAAGGAACAGAAUUCUACAAAUUUAAUGCUGAUGAGAUACUUGAUUUGUCCAUGUUAGAUGUUGAUCUAACACCUAUGCCACAUGUACGACUACAAUCUCCUAAACCUAUCAAAUCAGAAACUCCACCGAAGAGCAUAAUAAAAGUACAAGAAACAAUGUAUGAAGUUUUGCUACGAUUUGAUUCACGUCAAGAAACUCCAAUCGAUGAUGAUAAUAGUUUAUAUAUGAUUAUAUUUGGAGUUAAUGGUCAAACAAAAAAAAUGCCAUUAUUACUGAAUAAAAAUGGUGAAACUGAAUUUAAAACAAAUGAUGUUGGAAAAAUUUCAAAAAUAAUUCUCGGACAAGAUGAAACUAAACAUCAAGUUAUUUGGCAUGUUGACAAUAUAAUAAUUAAACGAGGAAAUGAAAUAACAACAUUUAAUGUUGAACGUUCAAUUGAACAAAAUACUCAAAUCGAACUAACACCUUCACCUAUUCGAAAACCUUCAGAAACCCCAACAAUUGGUGUCGAAACGAAAGCUAGACCAAGUAGUAAAAAACAAAAUGAUAUUGAUUAUGAAAUUAAAACUACUACAGGUGAAAAAUCAUUUGAUGGAAAAAUAACAUUUAAAAUUCGUGGUGAACUUGGUAUAAUUACAAUUCCAUUAACAAAAACAAAAACUGAUGCAAAACCAUUUCAAUCAAAAGCUACUGAUGAAUUUCUAUGUCGAACAAAUGAUGUUGGAAAACUUCGACGAAUUAUAAUUGAAUAUAAUGGAACAAAAAAUGAUAAUGUUUGGCAUUUAAAAAAACUUCAAAUUAUUAAAGGAAAUGAAAUUUAUAAUUUUAAUACUAAUAUACGUCUUGAUUAUCAUGAAAAUAAAGUUACUCUUUAUCCAAAUGAUCAAAGAAAAGAAGAUUUUGUACAAACUGAAUUACGUCGUUUAAGAGAAAAUCUUCAUAGUGAAUCAUUAAAACUACGUCGACCACUACAUAAAGCUCAUGAACCAUUUGUUUAUAAUGAUUUAAGACCAUAUUUUGAUACUAGUACUGUUGAAAAAGCAAUUCAUGAGCCAUUAGAAACUCCAACUGGUUAUUAUACACGUUUAACAGCACUUCGUAUUGUUGAACCAUGGGAAGCAUAUGGAAUGGAUUAUGGAGUUAAUUAUGAAUUGUUAAAACAACGGAGAUAUCGUACUCAAAGUGCUAAACGAUCAUUGCCCACUCAAAAUGGUAUGAUGAUUCUUCCACCACUUUCACUUCCGUUUGGUGGUCAAAUAACAUAUGUUAAUCCUGCUAAAAGUGAUCGUUCACGUUCAUCAGUAUCAUCUAAACGUCGAUCUUCAUCAAAACAUAAUGAUUCAAUUGAUCGAACACAAGGUUCAACUCAUUUACCAGAAUUUCCUUGUGUUGCUAUGCAAAAACCUGCUGCAUAUCAACGAACAUUGACAUUAAAUGAUGUUUCGAAAAUAAGAUCAUUUCUACGAACUCAUCAUACUCUUAAAGCUGAUUAUCAAAAAGAAAAAGAUUAUAAACGAACACAUGAUGAUUUUUAUCGAAUGAAAUUAGACAAUGCUGCUAGUCACACUCCAAUAAAUCGUGAUAAUAUGGUACGUGUCUAUCAUUCAUAUCUUGGAACUACACCUGGUUCAAAGAAAGCUGUACGUGAUCUUUGUGAUCAAAUACCUUUAAAUGCUACUAAAACAACUGUUGAAACUACAGUUUAA